AUGAAGUUCAACAUUAAACAAGACUUCAUUGAAGCGGUUAGAAAAUUCACUAUACAAGAGGGGAUGCAGAUCAAAUGGAGAACAAAUGAGAGAUAUAGGGCAAGAACAAUCUACAAAAACAGAGCUGCAAAUAGAAAGUGGCUUGCAGGGAAAUUAAUCAAGAUGCUUAGGAAGUAUCUAAACCUAAAACAUGGAGAGAUAGCAACAUAUUUCAAGAGAAGAUGUGACUUGAAUUUGAACAAAUCAUCAUUGACUAGAGCCUUUAUAGAUGCACAAAAUGUGGUUUAUGGUGAUGCAGUUGCACAGUAUUUAAGGUUGAGGGACUAUGCAGAGACUCUUCUUAAGAGUAAUUCUGGAUCCACCAUUAAGAUUGGUGUUAGUCUCCAACUCGAUUCAGAUCCCAUUUUUGAAAAAAUAUAUGUUUACUUUGAUAAAUGCAAGAAGGGAUUCAAGGCUGGGUGUCAACCACUAAUCAACCUAGAUGGAGCAUUCUUGAAGACACAAUUUGAAGGACAAAUCCUCUCUAUAGUUGGCCAGGAUGCCAACAACCAUGUCUACAUCAUUGCUUGGGCCAUAGUGAAGAUAGAGAAGAGAGAGAACUGGAGGUGGUUUUUAGAGCUACUGGUUGAUGAUGUUGGUGAACCAAAUCAUAGGUAG